UUUACAGGCUGGCAGUACCGUUGGUUCACGGUUGACGCGCAGACCGGCACACUUAGCUACUUUUUGUGUGACUCGUCCUCGUCUGGCGAUGAAGCAACGCCAUCAGCACAGGUUUUGGCUAGUGCGCCGCGAGGUCAAGUACAGCUGGCAGGUGCUGUAGUCUGUCCGAGUGACGAAGAUUCACGCACAUUUUCCAUUGGCUGUGCCUCUGGCGAUACGCUUAAAUUGCGUGCUGCCGAUGCACGUUCACGCCAAGAAUGGGUAGAUGGUUUGCGUGCAGUUGUAGAAAGUCAUACAAAAGCAAUGGACAUUAGCAAUUCAUCACCACUGCCGCCACGAGAGUUGCUGGCCGCCUCAGAUGCGAUGGUUUCGGCGAGACAAGCACUCUACCUA